AUAUGCAUCCUACUGAGGAAGAGUUUGGGCAAAGUCUGGUUGGGGGGUUGAGCCGAGCUGCGGUGUGGAAGCGAGGCUCCGGGGUUCUGUGUGAACAGUUGAUUGUGUAGCUGGAGAUGGGACACGGAUUCGGUGUUCGUGUCGAUUAGACGGGAGCAGUGGGAAUAGCUGUGUGUAGCUGUUUGGCGAGCAGCUGUGUGGAGCAGUGAGCGCGGUGCUGGGGAGAGUUAGCAGGCGGAGCUAGCGAGUUCCUCUGCCGCCGUUUCUUCUUCGGCAGCAUGAGCUGCUGCACGCGCACGCGGCGCUGAAGUUCAGCCCAGAGUGUGCAGGUCCGGAGAGAUUUCCCCAGAACCCACUCCGGGCCGGGCCGCUGUUACCGGGUUUAACUUCACUGGAGUGCGGAAUAUGAGUGAGAAUGAGUCACAGAGACACACUGGUUCAUCUGUUUGCUGGAGGGUGUGGUGGUACAGUGGGAGCCAUUUUAACAUGCCCGUUGGAGGUGGUAAAGACGAGGCUGCAGUCUUCCUCCAUAACGCUCUACAUCUCCAGCGUUCAGCUCAGCACGGUGAACGGAGCCACCAUGACCCGAGUGGCGACACCCGGACCCUUGCAUUGCCUCAAGGUGAUUUUGGAGAAGGAAGGUCCUCGUUCUUUGUUCCGAGGUCUUGGCCCCAAUCUCAUAGGAGUCGCCCCAUCGAGGGCGAUUUACUUUGCCGCAUACUCCACUACUAAGGAGCGAAUGAACAGCAUACUGAAGCCCGACUCCAUCCAGGUGCACGUGGUGUCUGCUGGCACGGCUGGAUUCACAGCCAUCACUGCAACCAAUCCGAUCUGGCUGAUCAAGACCCGACUGCAACUGGACGCCAGGAACCGUGGUGAGCGGCGGAUGAGCGCGCGGCAGUGUGUGCGGCGAGUGUAUCAGACAGAUGGUCUACGUGGGUUUUACCGCGGCAUGUCCGCAUCGUACGCCGGGAUCUCAGAGACGGUCAUCCACUUUGUGAUCUACGAGAACAUCAAACGGCGCGUUCUGGAGACCAGAGCAGCUACUCGCAUGGACCAAGAGAACGAGACUAAACGAGGCGCGUCCGACUUCAUGUGCAUGAUGAUGGCAGCCGCCACCUCCAAAACAUGCGCCACCUGUAUAGCCUACCCUCACGAGGUAGUACGGACCCGGCUGAGGGAGGAAGGCUCCAAAUACCGUUCGUUCCUGCAGACGGUGAGCGUGGUGUUCAGAGAGGAAGGGUUCAAAGCGCUAUACCGCGGCCUCGCCACCCACAUAGUGCGCCAGAUCCCCAACACGGCCAUCAUGAUGGCCACCUAUGAGUUUGUCGUUUACCUUCUCAACCACUAAACUCAGCCCACUGACCUUUAACCCUACAACCUGAACUUAUACACUUGCAAGGGGGAAAAGGCUUGGAUUUGGAAACGCUCCUCCUCUGUGUGUGUGUGUGUGUGUGUUGGAAAAAGACAUUUAAAAAAAAAAAAGGUGAAUGCACCAAUUUGGUGGGAGUUUUUAAAAAAAAAAAAAGACGGUGUCAAAGGUGUCUUCUCUUUUUAUGUAAAGCUGCUUCCAAAGGAGUCUUGUGUAAUAAUUAACACACUCAAAAGAUUCCUGAAGAAGGCCAUUGACUCUGUUUUAACAGUGCUUGUUUACCUUUCGCCAAAAUCAGCACGUUGUGGUGACUACAGUGUGUUUUUGUUUGCACUGACAAGAAAGCAGGAUGCAAAAUAAGAGACUUAAAAGUAGGGGAUGGUCAAAAAUAUGCAGCAUUGUGCCAUAUAGUGCCAUGUUUCUUGUUUUGUCGCUGCUCAGACUCGGGACUAUUUGGUCAAACCGAGAUUAAGAAAGAUGCCCUUCGAUGGAUACAGAAGCAGGAUGCUCCUGUUCGAACCCUGCAGCCGUGUGGGGAGAUUUAACAGGAUUGUGUGUGUGAAUAUUCUAUGUACAUAUUUCUGUCUGAAUGCUGGUGGGGUUUUUUUUUUUUUUUUUGGAAUAAAUGGUUGGUUUUACGUUAAUAUAUUACUAACACAUGAAAUGUGUUAAUGUGACCAAAUGUGACUAAGAACGUUUAAUUUGGUCUUAGAGAUGUUACUGAAGAUGCACCGUUCACCAAGUCGAUUAGCUGUUCGCAUGUUUGACCGUUUCAAGGUUUUCAGUGCAUCAGUAACAAACGUUCAUGUCUGGGCAGAUUUUGGUGCCAAAUACCUGUGUCCCAAAUUAAUUCAGUCAGCCAGGAUCCGUGGCGUGUCUAAUGGCCAAGUAAUGCACUUUGGACAUCUCAUUAUCUGUAGCCGCUUUAUCCUUCUACAGGGUCACAGGCAAGCUGGAGCCUAUCCCAGCUGACUACGGGCGAAAGGCGGGGUACACCCUGGACAAGUCGCCAGGUCAUCACAGGGCUGACACAUAGAC